AUGGAAGAUGGAGUCGUACCUACAUAUCUUCUCCCACAGAUGAAAUCGAUCUGGUUAGAUGAAGAUGAAGAGGCUGAAAAAUUAUAUGGUUUACAGGCUCAACAAUUCAUGGCUGGCGAUGAUGAUGAUGAAAAAUUAGGUGUCAAGAUGAUUAAUAGUAACAAACCAUUAUUGAAAAAUAUGGAACUAAUUAAACCAUUAAACAAUAGCAAUAAUUUUAAUUCAAAUGAUGAUGAAGAUUAUUAUUAUCUGAAAAAUAAUAAAAGAUUAUCAAAGAAGAAGCAAUUAAUAAAUUUCUUCAAAAAUAAAGAAUUCAAUGGUCAAAAGCUUCUUGGCAAGAAAAUUUCAUCACCAUUUGGUUUCCAACACAUUUCGCAUGCUGCAGAUUCUUCAGAAGAUGAACUUACAACUGAAGCAACUACAAAUGAAGAAUCCAAGCAAGAGGUCUUACUCCCCAGCAUUGAUGAUAACGAACAUGGCGGUAAUGACUCUUCGCAUCCUAAUGUUCCAACACAUACAAGGUCAUUGAGUAAAGCAUUUGUAACAGAAACAAUCCCAGAAAGUUAUAACAAUUCAACAUUACAAAGUAGAAAUUUAUUAAGAACUUAUAGAACAUCAAUGGGUCGUUCUGUAUCUACUAGCUCAUCCCAAUACUCGAAGCAAAGCACUAUUGAUACAAUUAGAACUUCAAGAAUCACAUCAACGGUGACAAUGGCUACAUCCAUUGCAGAUUCGCCAGUUAAAAGACAAUUAAGAACAAGCGAUUCUGAAAAGAAACACAUCGAUAGUGGAUAUGCUCGUGAUUCAAAUUCGAGCAAUAUAUCACUAGAAUAUUUAAAAAGUUAUACAUUCCCAACAGUCCUUCAAGAUAAAGAUAUAUUUGAUCUUGAAAAUAUCGAAUUAUUAAAUACAGCAACAAGUAUGAGUACUAGUGAUGAUAAUGAUAAUGAUAAUGAAACUGAGCAUGCAGGGGAGGAAACACUUCUGGAAAGUGAUUUUCAACCUUCAUUAAGAGAUGCAACAAAGUCUGAUCCAAAUUUACUAGCCAGUUCACGGCUAGAAAAUGGUUGGUUCAAAAAGACAGGUACAGGGUCUCUAUCUAGAAAGUCAUUGGAUGAUGAUAUUCUUACUUACUAUUUGGAACCUAGAGGUCUCGAUUCUCCUGAACGUCCUUCAUCAUUUCGUUAUUCAUCAUAUGGUAAAAUCAUCACUCAAACACCACCUCAAUCAUAA